GCCAGACAAGAGUGACUGCAUACACUGUAUGAGACAAGCCAUUCCUUUGGAAUCUUUACUUACAUGCACACCCAACCUCAAACUUUCAGUUCAGUGCCAUUAUAAAACCAACGCGAAAAAACCUUUUUCUGGGUGUCCACAGCUUUUGAAUGAAUGAAGAAUCUCUGAAACUAUAACGAUGGAUGUAGCUCAGUUGAAGCGGCAGUUAUUUGAGUACACCACUCUACUAUUUCACGAGGGAUUUCUAGAUGAGCAGUUCACUCAGCUUCAGCAACUGCAAGAUGAGAACAACCCAGACUUUGUUGUGGAGGUGGUGUCACUGUUCUUUGAUGACUCUCAGAGGCUUCUCAAUGAGCUGGCCAAAGCACUUGAUCAGCAGAAUAUCGAUUUCAAGAAGGUGGAUGCUCAUGUGCAUCAGCUGAAAGGAAGCAGCUCCAGCAUCGGCGCACAGAGAGUUCAAAGAGUCUGCAUUGCCUUCCGCAACUACUGCCAGGACAAAAAUGUCGAAGGGUGCCUGAAAUGUCUGCAACAAGUAAAGCAAGAGUAUUCCCUGCUUAAGAAUAAGCUUGAGACUCUGUUCAAUCUGGAGAAGCAGAUUCUGGCAGCUGGUGGGUCAGCUCCUAUGUAAUGAAGUGCGAGUGGAUUUAGCAGAUUUUACAAGAUUGAAGAAAUGUGACUAUGAGUCCAUUUAUUUUUGCUUUUAUCUGAGGAGAGAUGGUCCUUUAUUUGUUUUUCCUCUCAACCCAUUUUCAGCAAGAGCUUGGGUGGCUGCAUCAGCUUUUGGUCUUCUCUCGUGGCAAAAUCCAAAUCAAUGAACAGUCAGAAAAGAUCAAUGUGAAUAAACUCUUCAUCAGCUUGUCUAUGUAUUGUUUUGGCAAUAAAAUUUACCCCAUCUUGUUUCCUACUUGUUUCGGUUGCACAAGGUAACAUUUUGCGUAUUACCCAGUCA